AUGCCGGGCGGCGCCUGCAUCGUCUGCGCCUCGCAAACGGACCAGGCGAGCCCCUGCUGCAAGAUCCACGUGUGCCACGCGUGCCUCGAAGCGGCCGCGGCCGCGUCAGGAAGCUUGUUCGCCUGCCCGGCCUGCCGCGACCGAGACGCGUUCCGAAAACAUGCGGCGGAACGGGGCGUGAACAUGUACGAGGGCGUCCCGGACUACGUGGAGACCGGCACCGCGGCAACGAACGACCGCUUCUGCUGCGCGACGCACUGCCGGAGCCCGCACGGGCCGGCCUACGACACGACGGCGUCGCGGCCGACGCGCCGCUCCGUCUCCGACCAGGCCAUGUGGCAGCUCGUGUCCUGCGAGUUAUGCGGUUCCAAAAGUAUACAUAUCGGGUGUUCUGGUAGAUCCCUAAACGUCGACUUAACGAGGUGGCGCUGCGACGACUGCGGCGGCACCGAGGACAUCCCCGAGCCGCCCGUGGAACAAUUCGAGGUGCAAGUUCCUCAAGUGCCGACGCUGACGGGCCGACGGCGGCGGCGCCGGCGGCCGCGCGACGCGAGAAUAGGACGGUGGGUCGAGGUCUACUGGGCGGGCGACGCGGCCUGGUAUCUAGGAAGGGUCGCCUCGCAGCGUAACGGGCGCUUCAAGGUCGCCUACGCCGACGGCGAGACGGUGUCGCAGGCGUUGAUGGACGAGGCGUUCGAGGGGGCGACGCCGCCGCCCCAGCCGGAC